AUGGUUCAAAUUUCCAAAAUUGCUCUUGCUCUUUCAGCAGCUUGCAUUACAUCUGUCAUUGCUCAUCCAGGCGAACACCAUGAUGACCAUGCUAUCGAGCGAGAAAUCUUCGCCCGUGAUAUAAUGGCUUCUGCUGCCAAAAGGUCGCUCGACUCUUGCUCUGGAUCUUUGAAGCAUCGUCAACUUGCGGCACGAUCCGUUGCUCGUCGUGCAGAGGCUGCUCGUUCUCUUCGAGCUAAGCGAGACAUCAAGACUUUGCCCAAGAAGUUCCGUCGUGAUCUCGCCACACUUGAGGUUUACGAAGCUAUCAACCACAAUGAAACUGGUGUGCUCGAUUACAACUUUGACACACCCGAAUCCACCAUCUUUGCGGCUAACACCUCGUGCAUUCUAACUCCUGCCAACACGGAUGGUCCUUACUAUGUUCUCGGCGAAAGUAUCCGUCAAAACGUGACCGACGGACAACCCGGUGUCCCCCUCCACCUCGAAGUGCAAUACAUAGACAUAACAACCUGUGAGCCCGUCCCAAACAUCUACAUCGACAUUUGGAAUGCGAAUGCCACCGGUGUGUACGGCGGUAUCAACGUUACAGGAAAUGUAGCCGACGGAGGUUGGAAUUCUACUUUCCUGAGAGGAAUCCAAGCCACUGAUUCCGAUGGAGUCGCAACUUUCGAUACCAUUUUCCCAGGCCAUUAUCGAGGACGCGCAACCCACACUCAUUUGCUCGCCCACACCAACGUUACUGUUUUCCCCAACAACACUAUUCAAGGAGGAGCCGUAACACACAUUGGACAACUUUUCUAUAACGAAGUUCUCCGUACCGCAGUCGAGGCUACAUAUCCGUACAACACUAAUACUCAACAAGUCACCAGCAACGCCGAUGACAGAUGGUCCGUUAUCCAAGCCGAGAAUGAUUUCGAUCCGUUUCCCGAAUUCAUGUAUUUGAGUGAUGAUGUCACGGAUGGAUUAUUGGCAUGGAUUCAAAUUGGUAUUAAUACAACGGCGGAUUGGUCUAAUAAUUCUUACUACAGUGUUGCUGCAACUCUCCAAGCUGAUGGUGGACACCAGAGUUCUACUGGUAGCGGUUUCUUUGGUGGUGGAGGUCAUGGGGGUGGUAAUGGAAGUGGCCCGGGUAAUGGAACCGCACCACCACCUUAA